GAAGAUGCACAACGGUGAAAAGUCAAUGUCGCUCAUUAAAAGACACUUCAACUUUUAUUUCUGUGCUUCUUUUUAACACUUUGAGAUAACGCUUAAAGAAUAAUUGUUCAUUUGACGCUGCCUCAACUGCUUUGCAGUUGAACCCGCUAAACUGCCACUGUGUCUGCUACCAGGGGGGCCACGAGACACUUAGUUCACGAGACGAGAUGACUGGGUCUACGAGAACGAGAUUUUAACGUUAGUUUGAAGAAAAGUACAAUGAAAAAAUAUAUUGCAAUCUACGAUUAUAAUUUCUACUCCUUUACGCUCGUCUGUAUGCUAGCCUCCCCGCCUCCACCCACCGAGACAGGAGACUGUAUGACUGACAGAAGCUCAUGCCGUUGUUCUAUGGAACAAAUGCACCUAAAACUGAAACCAGGUGCUGAAACCAAUGCACAGAGUGAAUCCUCUUCCUGGCUGUUUGGAGGCGGGAGAUGAGGAAAACAGACACUGUAAGCAGGCAAAAUGAUCAAGUUCAUUUUCAUUUAUUGUGUGAUUAAUUUAUUAUGGCCCCAGGCCAAGUGCCCACAAGACAGUAUUUCUCUGAAAGACACGUUUUAAUCUGGCGAGAUCUUGUGACACCCCUACUAGGUACACACAAUAUGAAAAAUAAUCACGCUGUUGCCAUCAGAAUUCAUGUUUGAACUGUACUGACCAUAAAUGGAUACACUGUAUUGCCCUCAUUAGAUUGUUGAAUGUUUUAAGGGUAAGAAUAAGCUAAGCAGGUUUACUAUUCAAGCGUAAAAAGUGUGAACUUUAAAGACAUAAUGUGAUGGCGAUUGUUUCACACUCUAAACAUUUCCAACCUUAAUUGUCUAACUUGAAACAAACCUUUCUAAACUUCUUAAUGUGGGUGUCACAAGAUCUCGCAAAGAUUAAAACAUAAGAUUCCUCGUUCAGAAAAAAACUGUGUGAUGGGCACUAAGCCUGGGUCCAUAAUAAAUAAAUUAGUCACACAGCAAAUGAAAAUGAGCUUGAUCAUUUUGCCAGCAUGAAUAUAUCGCCACAUGCAUGUGUCUGUUAAAAAAAGAGGAUCCACUCUGUGCAUGGGUUUCAGCACCUUGGCGCGUUUGUUCCAUAGACCAACAGCAUGAACGGAGUGAGCCCUUUUGUCAGUCAUACAGUCUCAUUGUGUCAGUGGGUGGAGGCGGGGCCACUAGCAUACACACAGAGUGCGGAAGAGUUUAACCUUGUCAAUUAAAUUAGUAUAUUGUCAUAUACAGUAUUUUUUCAUUGUAUUUUUCUUAAAAGUAAUGUUAUAAUCUCGUCUCGUCUCGUCUCAUUCUCUUAGACCCAAUCUUGUGUACCUUCUGGUCUCAUCAACUGAGUGACACCACGACUUCUUAAUUGUCAUACAAGUCUAAAAUGAAAGAAACCGCUGUCUUGCUGUUUUGAAUGUGAGUCCGCUUACUUUACAAAAUGUCUAUCUUGUCGCAGAAGGCACGAGAGAAAUCGCCCCACUCUCCAAUUGUGGAGCUGCUUCGCUAAUUUUACUAAAAAAAAAAAAAAAAAAAAAAAAAAGGAUUUUCUACACUGUAGGAAAAAACUGUAAUAAAAAAAUAGAUAUUAGAAUUAAAUUGAGGCAACAGAAGUCACACAAUAUUAUGAAGUGUCACAACGUUCAAGGUUGAGUAAAUGUGAGUGAAAUCGGACUAUUUAGAAUGACCCGUUUAAAUGAAGUAGAUUCAAAUAAAACACAACAAUUCAUGAAGGAAAACAUAAGCAAACAUAUUAGGAAGAGAAAUGUGUCAAUUAGUAAAAAGUAAUGACAGGAAUCCAUUUCAUUCAACAUAUAAAUGAUUCAUAAUCUUUUAUAUUUCGUACAUGUUUGAAUUGUCCUUAAUAAAAGGAAUUGAAAUGUAAAUAUAAUAUUUUCUUGGCAGUAACAUACACUGGUACACUGGUUGGUGUUAUGAUCUAUGUAGAAGAAGUCUAUACUCUGUUCUUUCAUGAAAUAGCUUUACCGUUUUACGAUCUUAUCUUAUCUCCACUUUUUAUUCUGACUUGUGGGUUCUUCUGGGGUUUUUCUGUGGUGAAAGGUGGUGGUUAUCCAACAUGACUGUUGGCACAAACCUCACUUGGGGGGCAUUAUCUUAUCUGCCGUCUUUAUUCAUAAUCUGAAUCCACUCCAAAAGAGGAUGUGCCAAGAUGAAAGUGGUCUGUAAGCUAGCGUAUGUUAAACGUGCUUUUACUCCUCACAGUAAGACGUGCUAAUUUGGUCAAUUAAUAUUCAAUGAGCUGCUGAAUGUAACGGCUUCAUUUGCAUACGUCUUUAACUGCCACACGUGGAAGCGCCUCUCUCUCUCUCCGCCUCUCUCUCUCUCUUUCCCUCCAGUAUCCUCCUCCUCCUCUUCCUCUUCCUAUUAGUCCUGAGCAUCGCGUCCUUCCUCCUCCUCCUGGUUGCUCUCCCUCCUCAUCGCACGAGCUCCUUUCCCCCCGUCCCCCUCCUACCGGUUGUGACCAAACGGGUGCACAUCUUCCGUCGUUUUCUUUCUGCACCUUUGUCAUCAUCAGUAUGACCACAGCCAAGGACGGCAACUCGCUCAAAGCGGCUCAGCAGCAGGACCAGGAGCUGGUGGGCAGCAACCCGCCGCAGAGGAACUGGAAGGGAAUAGCGAUCGCCCUCCUUGUCAUUCUGGUCAUCUGCUCGCUGAUCGUCACCUCUGUCAUCCUGUUGACACCAGGUGAAGAUGACCGACUCGCCCUCAAGGGGAAGGUGACCGUCGGGGACCUCUUCAGCAAAGACUUCAAAGUUCACGACCCAAACGCUCGAUGGAUCAGCAGUAAUGAGUUGUUGUACCGUAACCGUGACGGCGAUGUGGUGUGGCUCAACGUCGACACCGACGAGAAGACCAUCUUGGUGCAUCACAAGAAGUUUGAAAUGUACAAAGCCAGCAAGUACGAGGUGUCUCCCGACAUGAAGCACGUGCUGCUGGCCUACAACGUGGCGCCGGUAUACCAGCACUCUUAUACCGCCUUCUACAUCAUCUGCAGCCUGGAGACGCCGGAGACGUGGGACCUGAACCCGCCUGAGGUCCGCAACGCUCAGCUGCAGUACGCCGGCUGGGGUCCGGAGGGUCAGCAACUGAUCUUCAUUUUCGAGAACAACAUCUACUAUCGCUCCACCGUGGAGAGCCGCUCCAUUCGCUUGGUGUCGUCUGGCAAGGAAGGAGUCGUCUUCAACGGGCUCAGUGAUUGGCUGUAUGAAGAGGAGAUUUUACGCUCCCACGUCGCCCACUGGUGGUCUCCAGAUGGCGCGAGGUUAGCAUACGCCACCAUCAACGACAGCCUGGUGCCCAAGAUGGAGCUGCCCAUGUUUACUGGCAUGCCGUACCCCACAGGGAAGGAGUACCACUACCCCAAGGCUGGUGAGGAGAACCCCGUUAUCACUUUGUAUGUGGUCAACCUGAAUGGUCCUCUUCACACCAUCGAGAUGAGGAGACCUGAUGACCCAAGAUUAAGUGAGUUCUACGUGACCAUGGUGAAAUGGGCCACCACCACCAAACUGGCCGUCAACUGGCUGAACCGGGCGCAGAACAUCUCCAUGCUGACGCUGUGUGAGGCCACGACGGGCGUCUGCAUGAAGAAACACGAGGACGAGAGCGAGGGAUGGCUUCACAGGCAGAACGACAAGCCUCUGUUUUCCAAAGACGGUCUGAAGCUGUUCUUCACACGGGCCAUCCCACAAGGAGGCCGUGGAAAGUUCUUCCAUAUCUCCAUGUCCGUCUCGCAGGUAUACGAGUCACUCAUGUUGACAUCAACAUGCACACUUUUAAUAUUGGAUAUUUUUGUGGACCUGCAGCCAAACACCAGCACGGACACACUGCAGUCCAUCACGUCCGGUGACUGGGACGUCACGCAGGUCCUGGCCUACGACGAGGAAAGCCAGCUCAUAUACUUUCUGAGCACAGAAGACGGCCCUAAGCGAAGACACCUGUACAGCGCUGACACUUUUGGCUCGUUCAACCGUCGCUGCCUGUCAUGCGGCCUGUCCGACAGCUGCGGCUACAUUGGCGGCUCCUUCUGCCACAACAUGAGCUACUUCCUGCUGCACUGCCAAGGCCCCGAUGUCCCGUUCCUGUCUAUUUAUAAGACGCAGAGAGAUGAUGACGCUGUCGAGAGCCAGGAUGCAGAGGGUCUUGUUGAAGUCCACAAACUGGAGAGCAAUGAAAUGCUGAGGCUGAUGCUGGACAACAUGCAGAUGCCCAUCGUGGAAUACCAGGAGAUCAACAUGGAUGACUACACUUUAUCAAUGCAGAUCCUCAAACCUGCAGGCUUUGUGGACACGUCACACUACCCUCUGCUGCUGCUUGUCGAUGGCACCCCCGGUGGCCAGAGCGUGUCGGAGCGCUUCCACAUGGACUGGACCAUAGCACUGGUGAGCAGCUUUGGCGCCAUUGUGGUGCGCUGUGAUGGGCGGGGCAGUGGCUUCCAGGGCACCAACCUGCUACAUCGCAUCUACAAGAAGGUGGGCGUGUUGGAGGAGCACGACCAGAGGGAGGCCAUCAGUUUUAUUUUGCAAGAGCCCUACAUUGACAAGACCAGAGUGGGAGCGUUUGGAAAGGAGUAUGGAGGCUACAUCACCAGCUUGUUGCUCAGCGACGACCUCUCUCCAGCCCGAUGCGGUGCCGUCCUCUCACCAAUCACAGACUUUGAAUUAUAUGCAUCGGCUUUUUCAGAGCGGUACCUGGGGAUGCCCAAGCCUGACCCCCGGGCAUACAUGAUGGCCAAUGUAGCACACCGGGCAGCUCAGUUGGUCGACAAGAAAUUUCUCAUAAUCCAUCCAACUGCAGACGAGAAGGUCCAUUUCCAGCAUACUGCAAAAAUGAUUGCUCAGCUCAUCCAUGAAAAGGCCAACUACACAUUACAAAUCUACCCAGAUGAAGGCCACUUCAUCCACAACGAGGGCACCAAGCAGCACCUCAGUCAGUCACUGGUCAACUUCUUCGAGGAAUGCUUCAGGCUACCAGAAAGGCUCUUGGACGAGGACCUAGAUGAAGACAAUGAGGACGAAGGUUAGCUUGACGGACCUGCUCAGUCUAUCAACAUGUCCAAGCACAACAAUGGUGUCCGCAAUAUUAUGCAACUACAGCAUGCUGGACUUGAGACUGCCUCCAAUCCAAAAAAGCUCACCUGGAUUAAGAGUGACGCUGUGGAAUAUACUGAUCCAUUCAUGUGCAGCAGUGGAAAAGCAGGACUUACACUGUGUAAGGGAAAGAACACCUUUAAAACUUGUAUCAUAAUGACAAAUAAAAAAACAUCACAUACCUGGUUGGUAGCAUCACUGUUUUCUAACGUUGUGUUGGACUGUGCUUUGUCAAUUGUUCAAUGUAUGUAAAGUAGCACACAAGCAUCCACGAGAUUGUUCAAGCGUUUUGUUUCCACUGUGUUGGCAUCUUUAACCGGCUACUUGUUUCACUCACCUUACUGCCUUACUUUUGCCCCCACCCUCCCCAAAAUACAACUAAACACAAACUGGUUAGGCUAGCUCUUCUCAAGCUAACGUGAACGUAGACAUUUGUACAAGAUGGAUUACAACUUUGUAGAAGUGUGCACAGUGAAAGGUAAACUGACUUACCUUAGGAUAUAUCCCACAAGAUUCACUUUCUUUAAAUGAAGCUAACGCGGAAACGAGCAAGCACAUUAGCAGCUAUCGCCAGACUCUUAAAAGCUGUACCUUCUAUUGUUUGUACUGUGUUAUCCUCCCAAAAAUAUCCUUUCUAAACUGAAUUUCAACAUUGUAAACUAUAUUUUGAAAAGCAACACUGGAUAAACGGCUAUGUGAUAUGAAUUAGCACAAUGCUAAAAUGUACAGAAUCUGCAUGGUUGGUUUAAAACUGAUAGCCUUUGUCGUACAAAUUGAAAUUACUAAGGCACAUUUUGUUUCACUGCAUGUCUUUAUGUUAAACGCGGCGCCAGUUUGACAUCUUGAAUGUUCUUUAAUGGGUAGCGUCAAUUACAUUUCUGGUUGUACUGUGAUGUGCAAAUGUUAUUUUAUUCUGAGGAAAAUUUGUGCAUUUCAACAGCUUUUUCCACGGUUACAUCUAACUAUACACUUAUGGGAUUAAAGUUGAAUAUCAUAAAAAGGCCACUAGCUGCAUCAGUUUUUUGUUUUUUUUUACGGAACGGCGAUUAUGAAAUAAAAUGGUGGCUACGACAAAAUAAAGACUUACUCUGCCUUCAA